AACCUAGCAAAAAUGUCAGCAGCAGUGAUGAGCUCCUCUUUACCGCCAAACACAAACGCCGCUCCCUCAAAGAACGAUGUUCCUCCUACCGAAGUCGAUCUGAAUGCUCAUCCAACUGCUCAGAAAUUGGUAUCUCGUUGCCGUGACUUCUUCUCCGAAGUCGAAGACCUGUAUAUAUCAUCUCUCCCACCCUUCUUGUCUCGCGCUGACAUGAAUCUGUUUUCAGUANCACCAGGCCACAAGCUCGAAGCCUAUCUCAACAAGAACUACGGACCUGGUAAUCCGGUUUACGAAGACCUAUGCAAUCUGACACGUCAGGGCCUCAAAGAAGGCUGGGUCGCCAACUUCGAGCUCGACGGAGCAAAGUACAGACGUUCCAAAAUCCUUCUUCCCAGCGCUGAAAACAGAUUCUUCUCCAUCACAUCCGUGUAUAUGGAAAGUGAAGAAGAGAUCAACUGUGUCGUACAAGUUGACAAGACUGCCAAGUUGAAAGGUAUGCAGGGUUGGCAAGGCGCAGGUUGGACAUCACCAGGGCCAGGUACACAUCACUAUCCAGAGGUGCGUGGAGGUGCUUUGGUUGCACUCUUCUUCUUGCCUGCCGGUAGGAUCAGUUAUAGGGCCAAGCCGGGUGACCCUCAACCUGCCAGUGUAUGA